GACUUAGAUUACAGUUUAUUUUUUUAUCGAUUCGGAUUAACAUUAAUUUUUUUCUGCUUACUUUUGAAAAUUAAUGUUUAACUUAACGAAAUGAAAUGUGUAUCACCAUUUCAGUGAUUUCUUUAUUUAUUUCUAAUUAUAUUGAUAUAAUCAAUUUAAUCGAUUAAUUCUAAAAAUUAUACUUAAGACGAUUAUGAAGUGCGAUAUGUGUAACUGUAAAGUUUAGUGUAUUUAAACAGACCACAAGUUCAAAAAACUUUAAAAAAAAGAAUGGAUAAAGUCCUUAAAUUUCUUACAAUUAUAGUAUUUUUUUUGGCUGCUAUAUGCAUUACUUUUGUUUUGACUAUUCUUUGUUCAAUGCUGACCACUACUCAAAACGACCAUAUUUGUCUUCCGAAUGAAAAUGGACAGAUACAUUGUGGAGCAGCUUUAAAUCAUUUACGUGAUUACUUAGACAAGAGCAUUGAUAAUGCAUAUAACGAAAUAAGACAUAAUGAUAGAAAGCAACAACAGAGGGAUUUGGAUGAAAACCGAGCCCGUUUGUUACAUAUAACAGACCAAUCGUUCUGGGAAGCAAGGCCUGCUAUCCGUUUAGAGGGGAAAGAACAACAUAUCGCGGUAAAAGCUGAAAAAGAUAAAGAUACUGAAAUGGUUUCAAUCAGAGAAUGGUUGCAUAACCGAGAGGAAAUAAAUGUCACAAAUGCGUUUUCACAAAACAGAGUACGGUACAGAAACGGUCGUAUUGUUGUACCAGUCGAUGGGACAUACUUUCUUUAUUCAUUGCUUGAUUUUCUUGAAGUUUGCGAUCCCUCAACUGGAAAGCCAAAUAUAAGAGCAUCACACAAACCUAUAAAGCAUGCCCUUUAUAAAUUCAAUAUUUUAGAAAUGGCGGAAAUUGAAAUUGUUUCAAACUUGCAACCCCAUCAAGUUUCAGAGAACAAAUAUUACAAUUCGUACAGUAGCUAUGUUUCUACUGUAGCCAGGCUUAAAGCAGGUGACGAAAUUUCAGUAAAGGUCAGCAAUAUAUCGUAUCUGCAAUACACCAAAGAUAACUCCUUUGGCCUAUAUCUCAUAUGAAUCUUUCAUCCGGUUUUUAAGUUCCGCAUAGAUGUAUGAUUUCAAAUGUUGUCAAUAUAAUUGUAGUUUGAUUUUUUAAUUACUGUAUUGUCGUUUACCACCUAAAAGCCAGUGGUACAUGUAGCUCCAAUUACUGUUGAACAUGAAAUUUAAUAAAGAUCUAUAUAAGCUGCAGUCUCACUUACUCCCGGCAGAGCCCAGUACCACCCCGGUAAGUUACUGGGAUAAUCCGGGACGAUCGGGGAUGAAAUUAUUGUUGCGGUCACACUUACCCCGGCAGCACUACGGUAAUUCCCAACUUACCACCCAGGAUGCGCUCCGGACGAUCCAGGCAGAGACCAGGUGAAGCUACGGUUCAUGCCGGUGCUUCACCGGUCGUUCUAGGAUGACACCGGCAGGGCCCCGGUUGACCCAGGCACAGCCCCAGUCGAUCCAGACAGAACCCAGGACAAUCCCGGUAGAACCCCGGCAGAUUGAAAAUGCGUGAAAAAGGUUGAUACAUAAUUUUCAUUUAAUAAAAUGGACAGUAGUAAUUCAUGAUGAUCUUCUGAAUAAUCCUUAUGCAAGACCGGACAGAAGGGAAAUGGGGAAGAACUUUAAUUAAUACAAACAAGUGCAGUCAUCGCAAAUUGUCGUGAUUCUUUUGAAAUGAGCCGGGCCUUGCCGGGGCCCUACCGGGAUCAAACGUAGGUCCAUCGUCAUUCUCCGGGACUCUGACGGCAUCCUACGGGCAUCUGCCGGUAUUCACCGGGGCUCUGCCGGCAUCCUCCGGGGCUCUGCCGGUAUUCACCGGGGCUCUGCCGGCAUUCACCGAUGUUGUACCGAAGCUCUACCGGCUAUAUCAUACCCGGCCAAUCCCCGGUUUGUGCCGGCAGAGCUACAGUGCUUCCCCGGUGUAACCCUGGUCGUUCCUGGCAGAGCUAAGGAUGAGGCCGGCACAGUUAUACUUCCCGGAUCACCCCGGACCACCCCGGUGAUAUUGGGGCGUGGGUCGAAUGCCGGAUGUUCCCGGAUCAUACCGGACGUUGCCUGCAGAGUUGCUGAUGUACUCCUGAUCCCGGUCGUACCCCGAUUGUUCCCGGAUCACCCCGGACAUCUACCGCGACUCUGUCAGGGCUCUGGCGGGAUGUAAGUGAAACUGUAGCUUUAUCACCAGAUGUAAUAUUUUCAUUCAAAAAAGAUGUAACAACUCUUGUCAACGAGUGAAAUUGAAUUUGAUCGUACGUUUAAUACACUUCCCUUGUUACUGAUGUGCUGUAUUUAAUGAAUGAAGUAUAAAAUGCAGCAAUCGUACAUCCCUUCGUGUUCUUUAGAGGCGACUAAAUGGGUUGGAAUAACUAGUCUAUGCAACUCUUAGCCCCAGCAGGUGAGUUUGGUUUUGACCCCUGGUGUUAGCGUUAAGUUUGUAACACGCUAGGUUAUCAAAAUUCAUCUUCCCCGUUUCGGCGCAAUAUAACCUAUACCUUGUUGAUGCGCCGUAAAACCAACCAACCAACAAAACAACCAACACACCCAUCAACAAACAAACACACCCAGUCACCUACCCACCAAGCCACAUACCCACCAACCAAUGUUGGCUUAGUCAUGUUUCUGCUUGUAAUAUUGUAUAAUUGUUUUGAAAUUUGGAAAUCGGAUUAUCAUAAUAAUUAUACAACUCUGACCAUUGAUUUGAAUAACAAUAGAUUUAAACACAAACAUUGACAUGUGCUCUUUAACUAUUCUUUAACGUCUCAUGACUUAUCCCUUUAGACAGAUGUUUUAUAUUCUCAGUGAGAGAAAGAAAUACGAAAUCGUAGAAUUGUCUUAAAAUAUGAAACGAUUCUUUACAUUGGCGAUGCGUAUGUCUAACCGUUUUUUUAUUCUUCUGCUUUGUACGCAUAUCAAAUAAACUAUUUUUAAGUAUGUG